ACACAAAGUGUAAAGUGCAGUUUGCACAACUAACAAUUAUUGACUAUAGUAAUUAUUUACUAAAAUAAAUAAUUAUUCCAUAUUGUUCUGGUAAUUGUUAUAUGUGGACUUAGAACAAUGAAUCAAAACGACAUACGUUCUCAGCGACAAUGUGAACAAGACGAGCGCCGGCUCUCUUUACAACGCAACAAUGCAUACUUUUCUUUCGUCUCACCGCAAAUCGGUGAUCGAGCACCCUCACCUUCAACUAACUCGAAACUUUUGCCCUCAGAGAACGACAGACCGCGUUCUUGCUCUCCCUCUCUGCCUGCUUCGGCUCACAAGUCGUGGAGCGAAGAGACCGCCUCUCCUACCCCGCUCCUCUCGCAGCGCCAAACGACCGUCCCGGGUAACUGUAACACUGCAAUAACGAGUGCAGUGACCUCACUGGCAACUGUCACUGCUACCACAACAACAACUUCGUCAGCGGCCCAACUAAUUAUCGCUGUGCCAGCUGUAAAUAAUUCAGCAGCACUGACCGUUUGCAACAACAAUAAUGCACGCAAAGAAGAAUCAAAACAAAAGCAGAAGUCGAUUUCGACUGUGCAGACUGGCAUGGAUCGCUACAUCCAAAUCAAGAGAAAGCUCAGCCCUCAAAACAAUAAGGCAGGUAAUCAACCCAAAAUCAAUCGAACCAGCAACGGCAAUGAAAACUCUGCAGUAAAUAAUUCAAACCGAUAUGCUAUCUUGGCUGAUUCUGCGACCGAACAACCCAACGAAAAAACGGUAGGGGAACCAAAAAAGACCAGGCCUCCACCAAUUUUCAUACGAGAACAAAGUACAAAUGCACUUGUAAAUAAACUCGUUGCUUUGAUUGGUGACAGCAAAUUCCACAUUAUCCCACUUAAAAAAGGAAAUAUUCAUGAAAUAAAACUACAGAUCUAAACAGAAGCAGACCACCGUAUAGUGACUAAAUACCUAAAUGAUGCUGGUAAAAACUACUACACAUACCAAUUAAAAAGUUGCAAAGGGCUACAGGUAGUACUUAAGGGCAUUGAAGCAACAGUGACACCAGCUGAGAUAAUUGAGGCUCUGAAGGCCAAAAACUUUUCUGCAAAGACAGCUAUUAAUAUUUUAAACAAAGACAAAGUUCCGCAGCCACUAUUCAAAAUAGAACUCGAACCAGAGCUCCAGGCACUAAAGAAAAACGAAGUGCACCCAAUAUACAACUUACAGUACUUGCUACAUCGGAGGAUCACCGUGGAGGAGCCGCACAAACGUAUCAAUCCAGUUCAAUGUACUAAUUGCCAAGAAUACGGCCACACCAAGGCAUACUGCACCCUUAAGACCGUAUGUGUUGUCUGUAGCGAACCUCAUACUACCGCAAACUGCCCCAAAAACAAGGACGAUAAGUCUGUGAAGAAAUGCAGUAACUGCGGGGAAAAACAUACUGCAAACUACAGAGGCUGUGUGGUGUACAAAGAAUUGAAGAGCCGCCUAAACAAACGUAUUGCCACAGCACAUACAUACAACAAAGUCAAUUUCUACUCUCCGCAACCGAUUUUUCAACCACCCCUAACUGUCCCAAGCACUACUCCAACAAUUUCUUUCGCUAGCGCCCUAAAAUCCGGACUAGAAGUGCCCGCCCCACCGACAAGAACUGCUCAUUCCGAACAUACACCGACAAACAUCCAACAAACACAACAAAGUGGCAUCGAAGCUAUGAUGCUAUCCCUACAGCAAAGCAUGAAAGACUUUAUGACGUUCAUGCAAAAUACUUUGCAAGAGCUCAUGAAAAACCAAAAUAUCCUGAUUCAACUUCUUGUAUCUUCAAAAUCCCCAUA